AAACAAACAGGCCCUACGUGGCGGCUCCUCGCUCUCUGCACUGCGUCUCUCUCUCUCUCUCGUCUCUCGACACUCUUUUUGCCUUUCACUCAAGAAACGGAUCUCUCUCUAAACCGAGUAGCAGCGAAUGAGAUCGAAUCGUGCAGAAGAAGAAAGAUUCUCUCAUGUCGAAUGCAUCAUUGCUGAAGUUCCUCAACCGCUCUCGUCGAAAUCUCACCUCUCAAUGUUUAGGUUCCGGCAAUGGCGGCGGUUAUUCGGUGUGUAUGUGGGGCGUUGAGAUUAGAGGAGUGAACAGAAUUCACAAACCCUAUUUUCGACGAUUUUCUACCGGAUAUACUAGUGUCCAUGGUGAAAGGCCUUCUUCGGAGUAUGCAAAACGCAGGAAGGAAUCCCUAGAGACCGAGUUCGGACAAAUACUGGGAACAUAUAGGUCAAAGACCUUAUUUGCUUACCAUCGCUUUGGUCCCUUCUUGGCUUUGUACAGAGCGGCAAUUAUUUCAUAUGAAGUUGCUAAAUUGACCAUAUGGCAUUUCUUUGUCCAAGACAUUCAUACACGAGCAAUCAAGUUUCGGGAGACUUUAAUUCGCUUAGGGCCCUUCUAUAUCAAGCUUGGGCAGGCACUGAGUACGAGACCUGAUAUAUUACCCAAAGUAUACUGUCAGGAGCUCUCCAGGUUGCAGGAUCAAAUACCACCAUUUUCAACUCGUGUUGCUAUGAAGUCCAUUGAGUCUCAAUUGGGUGCUCCAAUUGCUAAACUAUUUUCUGAUAUUAGUCCCAAACCCAUUGCAGCAGCAUCCUUGGGCCAAGUAUAUAAAGCUCAUCUACAUUCGGGCGAGGUCGUCGCUGUUAAAGUACAGAGGCCUGGAAUGCCACUGUUGCUGACUCUUGAUGCUUUGCUAUUUCAUAUGAUUGGAGGCCAAUUGAAGCGAUUUGCCAAGGCUCGAAAAGAUCUAUUUGUUGCUGUGAAUGAGAUGCUCAGGCACAUGUUUGAGGAAAUCGAUUAUAUUCUCGAGGCACAAAAUGCUGAAAGAUUUGGUUCACUCUAUUCUUCCGCAAGUUCUAAUAACGACAUCCACAGAAGAGUCUCGAUUAUCAAGGUUCCAAAGAUAUAUUGGAAUUUCACACAACAAGCUGUUCUCACAAUGGAGUGGAUAGAUGGGAUAAAACUCACGGAUGCAGAAGGAAUUAGUGAAGCUUCUUUAAAUCGGAAGGAAUUAAUUGAUGAGGGUCUGUAUUGCUCACUUAGGCAACUCCUUGAGGAAGGGUUCUUUCACGCUGAUCCACAUCCUGGAAAUCUUGUUGCUUGUGGUGAUGGUUGUCUUGCAUACUUUGACUUUGGUAUGAUGGGAGAUAUUCCCCGCCAUUUCCGUGUUGGACUUAUCCAAGUGCUUGUUCACUAUGUCAACCGUGACUCGUCGGGUUUAGCAAAUGACUUUCUCUCUUUGGGAUUUAUUCCUGAUGGGACAGAUGUUCAGUUAGUUGCAGAUGCAUUGCGUGCUUCCUUUGGCAGUGAUACAAGGCAAUCAAAUGAUUUCCAGGGAAUAAUGAACCAGUUAUAUGAUGUUAUGUAUGAUUUUAAUUUCUCCCUGCCUCCGGACUACGCUUUGGUAAUAAGAGCACUGGGGUCUUUAGAAGGGACUGCAAAAGCACUGGAUCCGGAUUUCAAAGUAAUUGAAAGUGCAUAUCCAUUUGUCAUUGGGAGGUUGCUUGCAGAUCCGAACCCUGAUAUGAGGAAAAUAUUGAGGGAGCUUCUUAUACAUAAUGAUGGCUCAAUUCGGUGGAAUCGACUUGAACGUCUGAUAGCAGCUAUUUCUGAACAAUCAUCUGAGCUCGCAGAUGAAAUUCCUAAUACAUCUACAAGUAAGGCUUCUGCCAAUGUCCCGAAAUGGAAGUCAUUUGACAUGCGAUCUGUGGUCGCAUCAACAGAAGACCUGCUACGUUUCAUUUUAUCGGAGAAAGGUCGGAGGGUGCGAGUUUUUCUCGUUCAAGAUAUUCUCAAGGCUUUGGAUGCCUUUUUGCAAGAGGAAGCUUUUACAUGCAUUUUUGAAGAACCAGCACAGAGAUCAAACCUUGAGAAAGAUGCAGUAAUUACAAGAUUAGAGAAAGGGCUUCGGUCUUUAAGAAGAGCUGUAAGUUUUGCUCCAGAAAUGUGGACUGUGAUGUUGAUACGUAUCUUAGUGAAACCAGAUGCUCAUAGAUUUCUAAUUGAGCUCUUUUCGACGCUGGUUGACCAUUACAGGAUUAAACUCCCUGAAACAUUUUGGCUUUGUAUGUCCAGAUUUCUUCACUGGUUGGACAAGAAUAAUGUACAACAUGAUUUAUGAAAAAAAUUAUAUAUAUAUAAAGUUUAACCAGUUCA